AUCACCGUGACCCCAACCGUGCGCAUGCGUAUCAUGCUUGUUCUCAUGGAUGUUGUUCAGCAGUUGUCCGAAUUACACUGUCUUUAGCGUUUUGUUAUUCAUGUCUAUUUUCUAAAACUAACGUGUGGCUUCUUUCUGUAGUAAUUUGUAAAUACAUGCAAUUAUUUUUUCCUUAAAUUUUCAUCAUCUGGCAAUUUUAUAUUUCGUUUAACUUGUGGCAAACAUAGAUCAAACUACAAAAACAGGUAAACACAAUUUUAAAAAAACAAAUUAAAAUACUGUGCCAAGAUAACGAAGGCUAGGUUAUUUUUAAGUUAUUUGUUGAUGGCCGUCUUACAUCUAAAUACGAAUGAAAAUUAUUAUUAUAAAUGUGCGUAUGAAAUUUUGUAAUAUAUUAUUAAGUUUAUUUCAGUAAGGCUUAACUGUCUAAUUUUGGUUUUUCAAAUAUUAUAAGUAAUAGGCCCAGGGACUAAAUAAUACUAGGCCCUACCUAUAGUAUAGAAUUAUAGACUAUAGAUAGUUUAUAUUAAUUAUUAAUGUUUGGGCUAUCCCCUGCCUAUAAUUUAAAAAGGACAUUAUUAAGUAAUUAAGCCAUACUACCCUAACUAUGAGUAUGGGACUAAGCUUUGAAAGUUUAAUUUAUUUUAAUCUUGUUAGUCUAUGCCCUAUCUUCUAUUUCUAUGUCAGAUCCAUUAUUUAUUUUAAAAUUGUGGAAAGCCUAGCUUAUAGUCAUAGUCUAUACUAUUAUUAAAAUCAGUUAUUACAAAAAAGGGUACAAGUCAGCAGAUGACCUUAUCAAAUGACCAGUUUUGUGGUAGCUUUACUCUGUCAUUACACAUUUCACAUCUAUUUCAUUAAGGCUUAUUUGCCUUAGCCUUAAUCCCUUAGCCUUACACUUGCUACUGAGUGACUUGUUACUGACUGUCUAGUGGAUUAGCUUACUGACAAGAGCUACUGACUGACUUGUUGAAUUUAAGAAAUUAAGGCCUUUACUUUAGUGCCUUUACUUUAGUAAUAAGGCCUAAUUUACAAUAAAGUUUAGACUAAUUAAUUGUGUUUAAAUUAAAACUUAAGAGCCUAACUACAGCCUUCUGAUUAAAUGAUUAAAUAAUUUGAAUGGAAACAUUAAUUUUCUCAACCUACAAGUCGAUGUCUGAUUUCUAAAAAUUGAAGUGUUUAGUCGAAUUAAAAUGAUAUUCAUUUAUUAUUAUAUAAUUGUGCAGUCAUAUUCAUUUAUAAAGAAAAAAUAUUUUAUGUCACUAAUAUUAUAAUUAUACUACAUAAAAACAAACAGAAAUCCUUUUUAGCAAGUGCCUUUAAAUAUAAAUUAUAAAUGUAGUCUUAUAUAAUUUAAAUCAUCUCGACUCUACUCUUACUGCUGUCUCACAUGCAAAAGAAGCUUAAACUCUUGGUCUUUGUAUAUAAAUUAGCUCCAUAAGAUUUACAAUGGCUGUAAAGGCAGAAUAAGAAGUGUUAUUGUAUAAUGGCUUAAAAAUUGAAAUAUAUUAUUUGAUUUUAAACUUCUAAAAUUGACUUCUAUAGUAAUCUGGUGGAGAGCUUGGCUGCUCACUAGCCAUAAAUGUGGAUCAUGGAUUUCUAAUCUCGAUCAGUGUUUCCCUUUUUAAAUUUCACUUCCAAAUCUAAAACAGAAAUCCACAAAUCAUUUCGUUCUUUACCGAAAAUGUUGCUUUCAAAACUGCUAUCUUAAGUGUAUUACAUUUUAAGUCAGCAAUAAUGCUGCAUACAAUAUUGUAUUAUUUCUUAACAUAACCAGUGCUGUUAUAAUUGAGAUUAUACCUAAGGAAACCAAGCUUUUCGCACCCGCAAUGAUAUUAAAUUCAAGCCACUGUCAUGACAGCCGAGAUUAGAAGAGCCUCUAGUCAUUUGGUUAGAUUUAUUACCUAAUAUGCAGUGCUGCAGAAGAAGGCGCCAAGUAAAGUGUCUGACCAUCAAAAUGACUAUUUAAUUGUAUUUUAUAGGCCUACCAACAUUUUCAAACAUCUGUUAAACAUGAAAGGCAUAAUUGAUGCACCGGUAUUUAAAUGAAAAGGGCUUGGGGCUUUUGAUAGUGAUCAAGUUUUUUCUUUGCUGUUUCUUUUAAUUUUAGCCUAGCAUAAUUAGUUCUUUAAAAGUAAUGGUAAUGGACAAAUUCAUCUUAUGACUCUUAGUCAUUUCUGUCAUCAGUGUUAUUACUAUUAUUACAAAACACAAUUGAAAUUAUGAUUAUAUUCAGUUGUAAAGAUAGACUAUUUUAAUUUAAAGUGCAGGAUAAAAUUGUUGAUUUUGUUAAGCUAAUUAAUUUGUCAGUGCCCGAUAAGUUUUCAGUAAAAUUGUUUAACCAAGAUGUGCGUACAGCAACAUGGAAUUGGAAGAAAAGAGCACAAUGAUCAUUUGAAGAUUUGUCAAGGGCAGCUUCUGAUAAAUUAACCAUAAAUGUAUAAAUAGUUUUUAUAAUAACCCUUUUAAGGCAUAAAAAGGUGCAUAAUGCAUUAAAAUUAAACAUUGUACGUUGUAUGAAAAAUAAAUAGUCUUACACUUUUUUAAUUUAGAAAUUUGUACAUAUAGUUUCGGGUCCGCUUUAAAAAAACGAAUUAAAACUGACAGCAGGGUAACUGAUUGGGAUUCCACCCAAAUAUAUUGUAGAAAUAUGUUCACCUCAAAACAAGAGCAGCUGAUCCAGAAUGUUCUAUUGUUUCCUUUGGUGUAUUGAAUUUUAGGCUAAAAUUAUAAUCAGUGCAUUAUAUCUCAACUGAUAAAGCUUACUUUGUUUAUUGAAGUUACAAAUUUUAUUGUUUGUCCAUCCUAUUAUUAAAUGAAAUGAAAACAAUAAGUACAACAUAAAGAGAGGUGUGGGAAAAUAAAAUAUAAUCAUAGUGUUUUCCCAGAGUAUUUGAAUCAUAAUAAAUUACUUUCUGAACAAAUUUUAAUCAGAUUUGGAAUUUUAAGACUAAAUUAACAAAUUGUAUGUUUUGUCUCAACGCAGCUCCACACUUGGACAUCCGUUUUUGAGAUGUCUGAGAAAACUGAGGUGGACCAAGAAUAUGAAGAGAAUGGGGAUGAAAGUCCAUCACCAAAAGAACUACCUGACCACCAGUAUUCAAGGGUAUUUUUAUAUCACUUAUCAAAAUUACAUGACAUAAAUGAAUUUUUGUGCCUGUAUUGAUAAAAUUAACUUUUGAUACACCUGAUGACUACAAAAUUGUAAGUAAUUAUAAAAAAACAACUUUGAAGCUGGUAAAGAAAUGAACUCAUUUUUUAAAAAUUUGCAUUCUUUUUGUAGGAGGAGCUUAUCACUUUGUCCAAAAGUCCGGCAGCACGUCACCGUCCUAAGUGCCUAGAGAGAGCUUAUGACUCGUAAGUUAGUUUAUCUUAUUAUGGUUUUAAAAAAUUUAGCAUUUAGUUUCACAAGAUGAACCGAAAAAAUAAAUAUUAUCCAAGUGUAGUUGAGAUUUUUUAUGUUUCUAGAAUGCAUUUGUACUUUUCUGUUAUUAAGCAAAAAAUAUAAACAAAUUGUAUACAUUAUGUCUACUAACCCAUUAACAUGCAAAUAUUGCUGUAAAAACUGUUUUUAAAAUAAAAGAAGAGAAAUUUUUAGGUGACCUUAUAAAUAUAUAUUAAUUUUAACGCGAGAGAAAUAAUGUUGAUUUGUAUGAAUGUUUUUUUAGAGAGGAAGGGAAGUGGGAUCCUGACCGCUGGUACAAGGCUAAAUUUGGCCAGUCCCGUGAAGCCUCACCCCUCACUCUAGUAGAUGCUAAGGAACGCAGACGAAUAACUGAACUGGACAGGGAUAUCAAGCGAAGGCCAUCCCGUAAGGUUCACGUGUUGCUUCUUGACAUUAAAUAAAUAAUGUAAUGUUGUUACAUAAUACAGCUUUUUAAAUGUUUUUUUUUUUUCUUUAUUCUAUAUUUAAAAUGACUUAAAAUCUCCACUUUCUAUUGCAGUGAAUGAUCCAGUGGAAAGGCUCAAAGAUGAGAGAGAUGGGAUUGUCCUUAGUCCUCAACGGCGUAGCUUUGGCACUGGAUGUCAUGUGCAAACUCAGAUGUCAUACACUCGUCAGAUCAGUAUGCCGGAAAGGGAUAGGGAAGACCCAAAAGUCGAACGAGACAGAGAGCGUGACAGAGAAAGAGAGAGAGACAGGUUAUUACUGGUCAACUCUUAAGUUACUUAUGAUAAAGCUAUUUUAAUCAUUAUAUUUCAAUAACAUCUGCUAGUGAUGUGAUAUAAAUUACAAAAUUAACUCAACACUCAUAUUUUCUCAGAUUUCCAAUUAAUCUAAUUUGAAUUUAAGCUAUUUACUUCCCUCUUAUAUACAUCAUGAAAGAGACCAGUUUAAAUAAUCUUAGUCAUUAUAAAUAAUUGUUAAUGAUUUGUAUGGGGUUUUCAUCAAUAAUGCUAUUUCUACCAAGUAUAUCUGGAAAUUAAUUGCCACUUGUUGUGAUGUCUACAUCUUGUAAUAUCAGAUGCAAAACCUCAUACUUAUCCUGUGCAGCAGAAAGACUUACUACAACUUUAUAUAAUUGUUAGAAUAUUGACAUCUGUUUAUUAUAACAGAGAGAGGGAGAGACCCGCAGUGCGGAGGAUUGGUAGUGGGCGCAUCCAGAUUGACAGGGAGCAGAACACCAGGGACUUUGCUGGUUUACGUGACCGUUUCGAUGAGAGAGAUACCAGGGAAAGGGAUGCCAGAGAACGAGACUUCAACUGGAACAGGGAUAGAGACAGAGAAAGGGAACGAGAAUGGGAUAGGGAUGUGAGAGAUGUAAGAGAAAGGGACAGAGAAAGAGAGCCUAGGGAAGGUGACUGGGAUCGAGAUAAGGAAAGGAGAUUUGAUAGGUUCCGUAGAGUUGGCGAGAGAGAAUUUCCUGAACGAGACAGGGUAGGUUAUUAGUAACUAGAUUUCAUUUAAGUCUUCAUAUUCAUAUUAUUGGUACUUUUAAGUUCCAGUCCCCAUUGAACGGAUUGUAAAAAUCUUAUGAAGAUUUCUUAAUGUUUAUGGUGCUAAAGAAAUAUUUAAAUAGUUGGAAGAAUUUAAUAACAUUUUUUUAUUAUUUCCAUUUCUAGAGAGAUCGAGACUUUCGGGACAGGGGCUUUGACAGAUCAGGUUAAUGAUCAUAGUUGUUGGUGUCCAUAAUAGAAAGUGAUAAGUGAUGUGUGCUAUUAAAUAAAUAAUUAUGUUCCAGUGUAACACCAUAUUAUGUAUGUCUAUUUCUCUGUCUCUUUAUUUUAUAUUUUGAUAAUCCCAAAAUGUUUUUGCCAUGCUAUUUCCAGGAAGGCGAAGGAACUAUAGAGAAGAGGAAAAAGAGCCAGAGUGGUUUACAGGUGGCCCUACCAGCCAGAAUGAUACUAUUGAGUUGAGAGGCUUUGAGAGAGAGCCAGAAAAUGACCACGAUGAUACUGGUUCCCAUAGAUCCGACUCUGUUAUAAAACAAAACAACUCUAAAAAAAGAGAGACACCACAAGAGGAGAAGUCUGGCAAAGGUUUUCAUUCAUUUUCAGUUUGAAAUCAAUUUUUUUAAAAAUUUAAAUAUAGUAUCUACAUUUGAAAUUUUGAAGAUUUAUAUCAUUUAAAUUUAUUUAAAAGCAUUUUAGUUUUUAUAUUUUAAAUGGAAGAUUUUUUAUACUGCCUAGAUUUCAAAUAAUUAACAUUCUUUUUUAAGACAUUAUUAUUUUUAGAAAAUAAAGUCGUAAAUAAAAAAAAAAAAAAUUUACUUAUGUAUCGGUAUUAUGUUAAUAUAAAUUAUUGUAUCAUAUCAAAUAAAAAUUAAAAUGCCAUUCUGUAAUUUUAAGAAUCUUCAGAAGAAGCCUCAGAGAUUGAUGUCAAAGUGUCACAGCGCAGUUCCCCCGAAGAAGACCAACAGCAGGCAAAUACUCAUGAGAAAAACUCACUAGACAACCGAGCUUUGACUCCUCAACAGCAAGUCCGAACUUCUCCAAGUGGUCACAAGUUUGAUUUCGAACAGAUCCUCAAAGCUGACUUACCCUUGGUAAAUAAGGCUUUGAUAUAAAUUGUGUUUUUUAUUUUUUAACUAUGCUUAUCAUAUUGGUUAAAAGCUAUAGGUAAAAUAAAAUAAUUUUUUUUAACUUGUACAUAGUCCCAUCUUUCCCUAAAUAAAGCAACAGGAUUCCUUCAAGCCAGUAUUUCUAUGACUAAUUUUUCACUGUUCAAAAGCACUGGUGUAAAAACAAAUUUUAUUAAAUUAAUUUUCAAUGUUAGAUAGUUUAAUUAAUAACAUGUAUUUGUAACUCUUUUGUUCCAGUUGUAAAAAUAUUUCUUCUGACCAUGUUAGUUAGAAGUGACCACUUGUCCAUGUCCCUUGAUUAAAAUGCACACCCUUUUUUAGGUUUUUUGAGGAUUACAUAUUGAGGCUUUAGAUGGUUUGCUGUUCAUUAAAAAAUUUUCAAUUCUUUCAGGACGAAGACAGUGUGCCUCAUGGGAGUAGAUUUUCUCGUUUUUUUAUAGGCGGUAUGAUGGGAAGUGAUGGAUCAUCACUGGAAGACAUGCUUGUACCACAUGGUAAUUUAUUUGAGAUUUUAAGGCAUUUCCCCCUGUUUUGUUUUGAGAUUAACCUUCCGGCAGGCAUGCUUUUUUAAAAAUGUGAUCAAGCAGAGUGUAUCAAAUUGAUAUCGCUUAUGAGUGCCUUGUUAAAUAAGUUUAUUUUAUGUACUAAUUUAUGCCAUUUACCCGUCUGGGGCAUAGGCAGUCUACAAGAAUUUAAAUUUCAUCUAGGUCCUGUGCUUUCCUUUCCAGUUGCUUCCAGGUGUAUCCCGUACUUUGUGUGUCUGCAUCUAGCUUCUUUUUUCAUGUGGAUUACAUGUUAGGGAUUGUCUGGUGAUGUCAUCUGGGGGAUUUUGGAGAGUGUGCCCUUUCCAUUUCCAUCUUUUCCUUACAUCUUCAUCAAUAGGCUCAUGGUAUGUCCUUUCCAGUAAGUCUUUGUUAGUGAUGGUGUUUGGCCCUUUGAUGUUCAGGAUCUUUCUAGGGCAAGUGUUUAAGAAGGUCUGUAUUUUCUGUAUAAUGCUCGCUUUUGUUCUCCAAAUUUCAGCUACAUCGAGUAGGACGGUUCUGACAUUUGUGUUGAAGAUUCAACUUCGGUUUGCAGUCAACUCAUUUGACUCCCAUAUUUUCUUUAAUAGCACAAAUGCUGACUAAGCCUUUCCAAUUCUAGGCCUGACAUCUGCUUCGGAUCCACCACUGUAGUCAAUGGAGCUGCCUAAGUAUGUGAAGGCCUUUGCUUCUUCCAGUGCAUUUCCUGCCAGUGAGCUUUUCUCUUGGUUGGCUGUGUUUACCUUAACUGAUCUUUGUCUUGUUUUUAUUUAUAUUGAGUCCGAGCUGUGCUACAUCUUUAGUCUUUUCCUGCAUUUCUUGCUUGUUGUGGGGCAGAAGUGCAAUGUCAUCUGCAAAGUCUGGGUCGUUCAGUUGCUCCCAGGUUGUCAUCUUUAUCCUGUUCCUUUUUUUGUCUGGAUUUUUUUAUUAUCCAGUCAAGGAUGAAUAGGAAGAGGGGCAAGAGACAUCCUUGUCUGACUCAUGUUUCCACUUUAAAGGCACCUGUGAGUCUACAUUCGCGUACCACCCUGCAUGUCUAUUGCAUUCAUAGUGCUGCAGCAGAAACAUGAGCAUUAUCAGCAAAGUUUGCCACCACCUGAUUAAUUCUACAGAGGAACUAAAUAGACUAAAGCUAUUGGUUCUUUUUAAGCAUUCAAAACGUGCGUUUUGUUUUCUUUAGAUUAAAAGAAAUAUGUGUAUAAGCCUAAUACUAGAAAAUUAAUUACAUUGAAAGAAUAAGGCUCUGGGCUGCUGUUGUUUUCUCCCAUCUACCACAUAAUUUGUAUUCUUCCUUUUAUCAACUAAUUUUAUAAUAAUGCAAUCAACUAGCCCCAGUUUAACCUUCAAUAACAAAAGAACCAUUUAUACUGUUUAAUUAGAUAUUGAACCUACAAGAACCUAAUAAUUAAUUUACAGUUUAUAUUGUUCAUACCGGUAUCAUGUUAAAUUUAUGCAAUGAGUCCUAGUCCUAUCCUGCUUCUCUUGAUUAUUUAAUAUGGUAGCUCCAUGCAUAUCCUUUUCAUUGGGUUCAGAUGAAAUUAAAUUUACCUCCUUAUCAGCAGCUUACUCAGUUGUUUUUUUCUUUCAGAAACUUACUGUAUAUUUGUUUACUGGCCUCAAUUAAAACAAUUUAUGAAUUCCAUAAUCCUGUGAAUAAACUCAUUUUUAUCUAGUAACAGUUCACACAAUUGGGGUUAGUUGGAUAGAAGUCCAGUGAAUGUUAGAAAUUUUGUUCAUCAACUGGAAUUUAAGAUGUGUUUGUGCCAUUUUUGCAGGGCCUAUAAUUCCUGAAAUAUAAGGAUCAGCGUAUUAAAAUCAAGUUGGCUUAAUUGCCAUCACAUUGCAGCUGCAAUAUUUGUGUACAUUUACAAAGAAUCUCCAUCCAACCUUAUUGAUGUAAAUUGAAGUUGGAAAGGGAUAAUUGUGUGACAUUACUAAGACAAUAUAUUUCAGUAUUGGAAAAGUUUUUUUGAGCAACAAAAGUAUCCUGGUCCUAUUCUACCUUACGCCAAACAAGAUUUGAAUAAGUUGCCAUAAGCUAUAAAUGUUAAUAAAUGUCUGCUCUUUUGAUUUGAGCAACAAUUUUUACUAACAAGCUUCCACCAUUGUUUACCAUAUAACAUAAAUCGAAGAUACCGGAAGUAGAUGGUGCCACUAUUUGGUCAUUGUUAUCACAGCAUAAUCUCAGGUGGGUGGAGUUGGUGUCGGUUUAUGAAAUUGUCUACAGUAAUUAAAACGUAAACCCCACAUUGAUACACCUAAAAAUAACUUCUUAAUCCUUGCAGAUCUUCUUGAAGAUAGCCGAUCAAGUCCCACAGUGCCAUCUCCUUCCUCCAUGAUUGGUCCAAUGGGUGCCAUGCAUGCUUUUCUAGGACAAGCUCAGCACGGUAUGCAUCAUUUCCACGACCAGCUGGCAGGGCACGACAAGGACCAUUUAAUUCCCUUGUCCCACCAUCUGAUGAACAUACCAAACUCUGCUGGGGACAACAAUGCAGCCAUAGACAAGUUGGCACUGCCACCGUCAGUGACGGCCUUGUUUAACAGCGCUGCUAUGGGAGGCUCCAAUGCCUGUAAGUGGAAGCCCCGCCUAGAUUGUAGUGUGGAAACUCUCGAAUCUAGCUACUUCACCAAUUCAGGUAGAGUGUAUUUGUGCACUAACACCUUGUUUCCCCUGAGGCUAACAGUGCGGAUCUCGCAGGGACUAACUUUCAGAAUUUGCAUGUUUGGUACUGGAAUAUAACCAAUGGUGAAUUUUGUUUUCUCCAACCUGGCUUUUUUCUUUUUUCUAUUUUGAGAAAAUGUGUCAGUAAUCUGUUAUUUUGUUCCUUUGCUUUAAACUUAUCAUAAUUGUCCUAACAGUGAAAAGUGGAAUCUGCUUUUGAUAUUUAACAGUAUUAACAGAAAACUACGAGAAAGGUGUGGUUUGGGUAACCAUUUAUAAACUCUUCUCUGCUUUUCUUUUAAAUGGUCCUAUGUAUUGUUAUAUUCUCUUUAUCAAUUUACUUGCUGCUAAUGUUUGGUUUCAUUUCUAAAAUUGCCAGUAACAAGAAAUCUCAAAGUUAAUUUUUUAUUAAAGAUAAGUCAUCAAUUGAAAUCUGUUUCGUUUUCUGGUUACGGACAUUUUUUUUUCUACCUCUUUAGAUAUUUCCCUGAAGAAUUUCAUUUCUGGUAUUUAAUUACAUGAUUAAUAUUUAAAAAGUAGGUAUUAAAUGAUAAUUGCUUGUCAAUAAAAUAGUUCUUACUGAAUUAAGUAAUGACAUCUAAACUCUGUGAUCUCAUUUCGUGCAGAAAUACCUAUGACAUGGACCCAAUGUUUCAUCCUGUAGUGUUAUCUUAACUUUUUUUUUUCUAAGAGGUAUACAUUAACUUGUGUAAACAAAAUCUAGUUAACAAGUUUUCAUGAGCUAACAAAUAAUCUUUUUCAAAUUUAAUUCUUUAAAUUUAAUUAUUAUUUUUAAAUUAAUUAGCAAUCUAAGAGCUUAAUGCUUCAGGCACUUCAUAAUUUUUGAUGAUGCUAACAAUGUUGACAGCAAUGACAUUGGGUGUGAAGAGGACUAAAAAAAAUGUACAUUGUUGUAGCUGGAUGGUAAAUCUUAAUUUGGUAUGAAAAAUCCUUCUUGCCAGCAAUCUCCAGUAACAGCAGUUUCAGUACCCAAGAUGCUGAGGCCCAGCUGAAAGCUAUGCUGUUUGGUGGCCAUAAGGAGUCUGCAUCAUCAAGCGGCACAGCUUCCCCAGCAAGUCUGCCUCCCAGUAAGCUAUCAACUAACCAUAUAAGUUGCUACAUUUGAGAGAAAAAUUAUAAUAGCUUAAUUUAAUUGAGUUAGUUUAUCCAAAUUAAAUUUACUUCUCGUGCAGUUUGAAAAUUGUCUAUUUUAAGUGCUUAUUAUGCACUUGCAAUUCUUGCCUGGUUUAUAAACCAUGCCGUUGCGAAAUUAAAGUAUAUUAAAUUAUUUUUAUAAUUCACUCUAUAUGCUCUAUCAUGCAAUAAAACAGGUGUACAGCGCAAGGUAAAAACUGUUGCAGAGCUAGAGGCUGAUAUGCAUCAGAACUCUCCACAAAAGGCUGGUAGUCCGGUCACAGUUUCUGUCAUGGGCAACCUCAACCAAGCUGGUAGUGGUGACAUGACUGCCUUCAACAAGCUUCUUAUUUUGAUAAAUGCGGCAUCUGAGGCUAAUCAAAAUGCAGUAAGAAUUAUAUGUGUGCUUUUGUAUGAAGGAAAGAAGUAUAUUUUUGCCAAGCACAGGCUAGUUAACUUACACAUUGGCUAUGGGGUAAAUUUGGGCAAGAUGGCCAUUUAUUUAAAUUUACUGGCAAUUUUUCGGAUUCAAAUGUAAUGCACAUUGUGAUGUUGUUGAUGGAAAUGUAUCUUUUGAUAAAUAUUUUUAAAAUAAAAAGCUGAUACCAUUAUUUCAUUGGUAUUAACUUGAUAAUUUAAAUUUGCUUGAAGAUAACUUCAGAACCCCAAUCGGUCCGUCCAGGAUACGGUAUGGUUCCUAGUCACAGUGAGUUCAACCAUGUAAGUUGCAUCUAUCCCUUUUAUAUGGUCAGUUUCAUAUAUUUUAAAAUAUAUUUAAUUUUUGAAUUAAAAAAGUAGAGGUUAGUAAUAUAAAUUUACUGAUUUAGGAUAUGGUUAAUUUGGAAUAUAAGGAGGGGGGUGGUGGGGUUAUAGUGUUGUUCCUGCAUUGUCUAUUUCAAGCCUGUCAACCCCUUAAUUACCACCACUUUUACUUUGCAUAUUUUCAUCUACACAUUUAGUGAAUGAAGAACAUGUCAAUUUAUGUAGAUAGACUAGAUCUGAUUUAGUAAAGCCAGUGUUAGGACAGUGUUCUGUUUAUAAAAAAUAUAUUUUGACUAGUUUUUUGACGUUUUUUCUCUCUUAAUUUUUUUCAGCAAUGUUUUUCAUUGAUACUUAAAACAUAAAUAUAAAUACAAGAAAAGCUAUAUUUAAAACUAAAGUUUAUCAACCAGCGAGCCUUCAGACAUGAAAAAGAUACAGAAUAGAUCUUAAAACAUCACCCUUAAAAAUUAAGCCCUUGGGAAUUUAGAUUCAACAAUUUUUUUAAAAAUGUGGUAAUUAAGGGUUAAUAUCUCCAAAAGCUUAAAGAAAAUAAAAUCUCUCUUGUAAAAUCAGGCCUUUGCUAACUUUUCAAUACAGGCUGUUUUGAGGAACAAGGAAGAACAAAUGCAACUUCUGCAGAGGUCUAUACAAAAUGCUCAGCAGAUCCAACAGCCAAUUGUUCCACCACAGUUUCCACCUCACCAACACCAUCAGCAAGUCCCACCACCAAUGCAGCCUCAACAACAUGGCUUGCAGCAGAUAACCUCACUUCAGCAAGGCCCACAGCCUAUUGCCCCAAAACAUCACGGCCCACAGUCUAUGUCCCAACAACAGGGACCACCACCAAUGACCCAACAGCAGGCUCAUAAUGCAGCACUACAGCAGCUGCAGCAACAUCAACUGCAGAUGCAACAGCAGCAAGCACUUCAACAAGCCAAGCAUAUGGGUAUGUCAAGGAAUGAUCUUCAUAAUACUCUAUAAAAUGAACUUCGUAACCUAAAAUAAGUUUUCCACUAACCAAAAAAUAUUAUCAGACAUCUGUGGGUGGAUGGGACUGCAAAAGUUUUUACGACUUGUUUGUUACGCUAUUUUUAGGAUUAAAUAUAUUUUGACUUCAUUAAUUUUUUUUUACUAAAUGUUCAAUAUUUCUAAAAUCAUGUUAUUGGUACAUUUAAUUAGGUCUAUCUGCUUUAUGGGUUUUUGUUUGUUUUGUUAAUCAAAGCUGUGGCAUAAAACUAAAAUUUCUGUUUUCCCUUUUGUUAGUUUGACAUUUCAUGUUUAGACAUGUAUUUUUUUAUUAAUUUUUUUUUUUAAAGCAACUUCAGAUCAAAUCCAGGGGGAACAUUUAAAGAUUUAAGGAACAAUGAUGUUCUAAUGGAAUAAUUUGUGAUGAGAAGUCAUAGAAAUUUAGAAUAUCAUUGUCUCUUAAGCUUUAGUGUUAAUUGUCAUGAUUGGGUCAUACUCACUACUAAGCAACAGCUAAAUAUUUGUCAGGUAUGAUCCACAAACCCUCCAGCACACCAGGCCUUCCACAGGCCAUGUCCACACCUAUAUCAAGGGCACAGAGUGGUGGGCCAACCUGCUCGGCUGACCCCAUUUUUAGCCUCAUCCAGCAGAACCCAACUAUUGUGAUGAAGCCAGCAUCUCCUGCACCUGUCAUCGCUGCCCUGUUGGCAUCACAGCAGUCUGCUGUACCCAACACAGCUCGGGUACCGUCCCCCAUCAGUAAGUGGCUCAUUCCUCUGAUGUAAGUUUUUUUUAAAUGUCUAUUUAUUAUAAAUUUAUUAUGUACUUUUGCAACUCUAUUAUUGAGUAGGAAGAGUUAUUUCUCUUUUUAAAAAAUGUCAAAUUCUAAAUGAAUAAGGAAUUUUACUGUUACACUGUAAUUGUAUGCAUGUUUGAUAUCACAUUAAAAUAGCAUUUUUAUAAGUAAACUUCUUCAUGUAGAAAAUAUAAGUUGAAAAAGAAACUACUAAAAUUUCAAGUCUGCAAACGGGCAGAUAAUUUCAAUUAACGUUUCUGGUAAAUUAUUUUCACUGUGGUCUGCUUGUAACCCAUGAUACCACUCUUUCGUUUUUCUGUUCUGAUUAAAAAGAUAGACUUAAGAAUUAAUCACUGCUGAUUUUGUUUAGACUGCUCUAUUAUUACACUUUAAAAAAUUUCUGCUCUUCAAUAAUUCAAUUUAUUUUAUUUCAGUGUUUAGUCAACAGCCGCCACUUCACCUCAGUGCACCCUCUCCCAUUCACCCCGGUCAGUUAAGUCCAAGAUCUCUGACAGUAGCAGGCAGCAAUUUGACUGUAAGCAUUAGUUUCACGUCACUAUUUAUGUAUACAGUAGUUGAUCUCUUUGACUAUGUUAUUUUGAGAAAAUAAUGUAUAUUUGCAUACUUUUAACAAUAUGGAGUUUAAUUCUGUUAUGUUUUCUAAUCAUCACAUAUAUUUCCAAGCUUUUUAGUGUUAUGAUUUUCUUUAAAUGUCUCCUUGCAUAUGUCAGUGUUCUUUUCAAUGUCUCCCCUAAAAUCUUCUGGGAGUCCUUGAAGUCUCCACCCCUCUAUUUCUCUGAAAUAAAUAAUUUUUUUGAUAAUCUUAUUGUGAAAUGAUGUCCAGCCAUAUAAUUAUUUAAUAUAUGUUAACCAUGUAAGUUUUAGUUUGGAAAAAUAACUCCCUCACUGCAAUGUUUUUGCUUAACUCUUUGCAGUUCAUGGUUUUUUUGUUCUCUUUUUUUUUUUUUUUUUUUUUUUUUUUUUUUUUUUUUUUUUUUUUUUUUUUUUUUUUUUUUUGGUCAUCUCACGUAAUGGGAUACCAUAAAAAGAGUAGCAAAUUAAUACUCAUCAUGUUAUAUAUUUAAUUGUUCAGAAAUGAAUGGAGAUUCAUCAUACAUUUAUAUAUAAAAGGGAAAUUUUGUUUGUUUGUUCCACAAAGGCUUUUACAUGGAUUGAUGGAUCUUGACCAAACUUGGCGCAUAUAUCCAUCAUGACCCAGAAGGAACUCUUAAGGGGUUAUAAACUUUUUAUAACAUUUCGUUUGGGGCCGGGGACACCAAAUUCAUUUUUUUCCUUUUAUGAGCUAUAUAAAUAAAACUAACAACAAAUAAUCCUACUAGAGUAGAUGGAUCUUGACCAAACUUAGAACACAUACUCUUUACUAUCCAUAAUCAAAUACCCAAGGGUACUGAACUCUAAAUAUCCAUCCGUCUAGGGCCGGGGCCCCAUUUCAUUUUUUCUUAUAUUAGCUAUAUAAAAAUUAAUAGGCUUAAUACCCCUACAUGAAUGGAUGGAUUUUGACCAAACGUAAUACACAUACACAUAAUCAUCCAUAUUCAAAUACCGAAGGGUACUGAACUCAUAUCCAUUUCUCUGGGGCCGGGGGCCCCAUUUCAUUUUUCCUAAUUUAAGCUAUAUAAAUAUCAAUAGGCUUAGACAACACUAUAGUUUCUAUGUGAAUUGAUGGAUUUUGAUGGAUAUAUGCCUAGCUUGGUAGCAAUACCCUUCAUUGUCCGUAUUGAAAUAUCGGUGGAUUGAAAAACUAAGAAUAUCCAAUCUAGAAUUUUCCAGAAAGUUCGAUAUUUUUAAAAAGAUAUAUCUAUGGCAUUUUUAAGUAGAUUUUAAUGGGACCAAUUUUAAAUUUUAACUCUAUUAUUUAUCCGUCUGAUAUUUGUAGGGACCCUGUCUCAGGCAUAAGUAAAUCAGUACAGUUAUGGAAUGGGCUUCCCGGGGCCCCUUGAUUAAUUUAAAAGAAAGGGAUUAUAAUUAAGGCAUUUGUUGAAGAUUUUUAUUGUAUUAAAAAAAUAAUUAGAAAUGUAGUUUUUACACGUUUCGAGCCGUUUAUUAAAUUUAAUCUAGAAUAUUCCAGAAAGUUCUAAAUUGUUUCAAGGAGAUAUAUAGUGGGAUCUAAGGGAAUAUUGAAAUGUUUGUUAGUUCUAUUCAUUUCUAUACUGCCCCGGAGUUUACUGUUCUCUCAGUAUCAUUAAAUAAUUUUUUGAUAGGGGAUCCCAAAUGGUUUGGGAUCCCAUCAUAAUCUUUAUCUCAAUGGGAUCAGGAUCUCACCGGGAUCAGGAUCUCACCGGGAUCGGGAUCCUAACCUUGAGUGGAUCCACCGGGAUCGGGAUCACACGCGGGGUAUAUAGGAUAGUAUUUUAUAAACUGUGCUUGAAAAUGAUAGUGUGUUUUCUUACAAUUAUUAUUGAAGUGAGAAAAGGAUUUUACAUUUUAACAUCAAUUUUAACACAAACAACACACUGUAAGAAGGAAAAAUAACAACCUAUAGAAAAAAUUGUUUAAAAUUUGUUUUUUAAUUUUGCAAUAAUUUUUCAAAAAUCAAAAAAAAAGAAUUUUACAAAUAAAACUGUUGUUUUUUUUAGAAUUUCUUUGUGAAACAUUCGUAAAUAGUGUUUUUGCGCUAAAUUUUGAAAAGUGAUCUUGUUAGGUAAAAUUAUUCAAAUACAAAGUUUCAAACCUUUUUUUUUUAUAUUUGAAAGUAUAUAUUUAAUACAAAUACAUAAAAAAUAUAUUUAUUUUUUUAAUUUUUGAAAUUUUAAUAGAUAAUAAAUGAAUAGAAAAAUAAUAAUAAUAAAGCUAGAGCUUACAUGACUAAAUCAGGCCUAAACAAAUACAGAACACAAACAGUCUUUGAGGCUUAGGUGAUGUUCUAAAAAUCAACAAUUAUUUCAUUUAGAUAGACAUUUUAUCACAUUUCAAAAAUUCAAUUACCAUUACAGUCUGAUGCUAUUUCUUUUCGACACAGUAACUCUGCAUGAUGGAAUUAGGCUCAUGUCCAUAAGUAAAGAAAAACAAAUAAAGUGUUCUGUAGGUGUUAUUUUCUUCCAGUGUAGAGGUACUUCCUUUUCUUCUCAUGUGGUAGGCAUAAGCACACUAAUUUUCAGCAUGAUAUUCUGACAGAAAACGAGUGACGAAAUUUCCUGGGGACGAUAAUUAGUAUAUUUGUAAAUUGCAGGUUAGCAUAACAUAAAAUCAGGAUUUUAUUGAUAUAACACAAAUGUAACAAUAUUAUAAUAGUUGUAAUAAUAUAAAUUAUUAUAUAAUAAGAAAAUAAUUUAUUGUAUUAACUGGUUAACUACCAUGAGCCGCUGGUAGCGCCAAUGUUAUUAUCGUAGUAAAUCGAGUCAAAUAUUUAUAUUAUUCCGUUCCUGUUUCGCCUCGAGAAUUUAAUCUACCGACCGGAUGUUUAUAUUCGAAACGCAUGCUAUCGGCAGAAUGUUUUAAAAAACGAAAUGUUAAUUAGUUUUGAUUUUAUUUCUUAGCUAGUUACAAAAUAGUACAUGCUUUUCGUGGCAACAACUGGCAUGGUUACUAAAGUCAUAUAAGUGAUUGGAAGUGUAAAUAUCAUUUAAUUUCUGUGUUCUUUGGUGCAUUUUUCUUAUUAUUGGAUAUACUAUUUGGAAACCAACAAAUAGGAGGCUUUAAAUUAUUUGGAAAUUUAAAAUUUGUAAGUUGGCACAUUUAAAUUUUUUUGGGUGUUUUUCUGUGGUAAAUACUAAUGUAACAAUUAAUAAUUUCCUAACCAAACUUAACUUUACAAAUGUUUUAAUUUUAUCUUAUAGACAAUUCAAUUACCUACUAAAUGGUUAAUUAAUUAUUGGAAUUUGUUUAUAAUUAAAAAAACUACAGUUGAAUUUGUACAUGCACCUAAAAUGAGAAAAUUUGAUCUAGAUUUAAUUCGGCCACAGCGAUUUUUUUAAUCUGGUAGUUAAUCAGUUAAAAUAAAGUGAUAUUUUUUUAAAGAUAAUUAUCAAGCAUCAGGCAUGAAAUCCUAGGUUUAGAUCUACACUUAUAGCCUAUUCAUUUGUACUGCAAUGAUAAGAUCAAAUAUGCCUUACCUGCAGUCUUUAGUUUUUGCACCUCAUAUCUUGUUGUCUGCUUUUCACGAUCCAUAAUAUUGAGACCAGGUUUUCUUUUAAGGAUAAAUUUAGUAUGGCUUGAGGUAGUCCCUGGUCAACAUCUUCAAGUUUUUUUUUCCAAGUCCGCGUCAAUCGCAAUGUAUUAUCUGCACUGAAUAGAGAAGAAAAAAAAUUUAAAUAGAGGGCUAUAUGAAAUAAACUGCAUAAUAACAUAUUUUAAAAUGAUCAAUUAAUAUCUUCCAUUAUUUACUGUAUUAGAGUUAGACAAAACACUAAAACAACAAACUACAACAAUGAAUACUAAAAUCAGCUGUUUGAUCAGCUGAUUAUGCAAACAAGCACUUUCAUUUUUAUUAUUAAAUCAAAAACACGAUUGGAAAAUAAAAUUAUAAUUACAAAAGAUUUAGUUAACACCUUCACCGCAUUGAACAAAGUAAAUGAUACCCUGUCUCAUCCCAUUAAUGUUACAUUUGAAGGUAGUUCUGAAGUUCCGUCCCUGCUUUAAUAUCUCUGACAAAUACACCAGCAGAAGUUUAAUUGAAGAAUAUAAUUGUACAGCUAUUUCUCUUUUUAAUCUAUGCUUUCCCUAUACGUGUAUUACAUAUUUCCCAACCCACAGGCCAACAUUGUCCUUGACCUUGUAAUGCAUUGGUUUUACUUGAACACAUUUAGGUGAACCUCAGCUGUUUCCCAUUUUUUAUUUAUCUACCCAGUCACCAAGUGGUAUGAGAUCACCAGUAAUGCCACGCGUCCUGAGUCCCCAGGAGUUGUCAUUCCAUGCUCAGGCCGUCAUGCAGAGCGCUCUGAUUAAAAAACAACUUCAUGAUCAGAAUGAACGUUACAUGAAGAAACAACAGGAAAGGUACUUUAAAAAAAAAAUAUCCUUUGGGUUUUGCAACACCAUCCUCCAUAAAAUUUAAUUAAUUUUUUGUUUGUUUUAGUUUACUCAUAAUAAAGCAAAUUUAGUUACACAUAUGAGAUUAGAACAUAUUUAAAAAGAAUUUGUGUUUAUGUUUAUAUUAUUUUUUAGAAAAUGUCCUUUACUGCUUAUUUGAACCUUGCAAAAGCCUUCCCGAUCAAUGUUCGGUAUCCAUGUAGGGAUGUAAUUUUUAUGCUACAAAUGCCAUAUAAAUUGGAUAGUGCAUUGUGUUUUACUUGGUUCUUAUCCUCUAGAGCCAAGUCGCCCAAUCAGCAAUUUAUUAACGUAGUAAAGCCACCGCCAGCAGCUCAGCAUGUGCUACCACCAAAUCCACAACCUAAGGUCAGUAGACAUUGUCACUGUUUAAAUUUUAUCAAAGGAAUUUUUACUGUAACAAAACAGGAGGAAAUUACACCACAUUUUUUUUGUUUGCAUUUAAUUUGCAGUCAUCCAGUGUCUAACUCUGAAAUAAUUCGAGAUUACAACUUUCCUAAGCCAUUAAAACAUUCAAGGAAAUUUCUUGCCACAAGUUUUUAAGUGGAGGGAUCAGGUCAAAAUCUCAUGCAUUUAGUAAAUAUUAGAUACUAAUAGAUCAAAUACAGCUCUAUUAAAAAAAAAAGGAAACAGACUUGAAAUUUUGUUGUAUGUAUUUAGGUUAGUCUCAUACCAAACUCAAAUUAGUGGUUCUGAUUUUAGUUAAGCUCAUUAUUAUUAGUGAUUAAAAGAAUAGAGUUCAUGAGUUUUUUUGUUUGUUGUCUAAUGGAGAAUUGGCUCACUUAAAUGUUUAAGUUGGGAGGUUUGAAAGAAUGGGGAUCAAAGGGCAGAUUCUCCAUGUGACAUACUAACAAAAAGACAAUACACGUUGUCACUCCAGUGAUAUCAAAGUGGAUGAAAUUUCAGGGCACCACGGUGAACACCUUUACUCCGACAUCUGUCCUCCGCAAGAUGCACUCUGACAAGGCCAUGGAAAAGGAGAAACAAGCCCAGGAAACAAAGACAGACCCUGAGACAGGUGGGUUUCUUUCAUUUUAUAAUGCGUCUCGUUAAAACCUUUUGGACACCCUUUGUGAUCAAAGAAAAUAUUUAAAGAGCAUCGAUUGAUGCCUUCCAAAUCCUCAAUUUUCAAAAGUUUAAUAAAUAGUUGGUAACUUGAUAACUGAAUUAUUUUUUUAAAGGUUUUUAAAAUGCUUUUUACAAAAAAAGAAAUAUCCUUUUUUAAAAUAAAAAAAGAUCCUCAUCUCUAACCUUUUGAAAUUUAUCAUUAAAAGAAAAUGCAGUUUAUAUUAUAAACUAAACUUUACAGACAAUUUUUUAUAACGUCUGUCUCUGACUUAACUACUAACCAACGACCUGUCAUAACAGCCUAUGAUCUGCCAUUAUGGCUGCUUCUGUGGUGUUAUGACCAAUAUAAUCAGCUUCUGCUAAAAUGAAUAUUGUAACUGCGAAUCAGAUGUUUCACAUUUUUUAAAGAAUGAUAACACUACCAAAUAACUUCCUGAUUAUGGAAAACUGAAAUAAAUAUUUUGUGAUUUCUAAAUUUUUAAAGAUAUUUUUUUUAUUUUGAUUUAAAAAAUUGAAAUUUUUUGGAUGUUUUCUAUGAAAACUAAUUAUAUAAAGAAAUAUGUAGGUCACCAAUUUAUUAUUUAUCAUUUUAAAUUUCUAUAAACCCAAAUAACUUAAUAUUUUCUAAAAUGAAAGAACAUUAAGAGAGAUGAACAAAAUAGCACAAUUGAAGACCUUAGUGCUAAAAGUACGUAAGUCACAAAAUACCCAUCUUGAGAUAAUCUGGUUUAAAUAUUCUUUUGUAUAUAAAAUAGAUAUUUUUGGGGGCUUUUGUAAGGUAAAUUUUAAUGUAUUCAUAUUGAUGCAUUACACUUGGUUAAAUUGGAUAUGAAAAUGCCAGUUUCAUCUGAAUUUGACAAAAAAUUUCAAGGUCAUAUUCAUUUUACAUUAAUUCAUAGAAUUUCAAAGAUUCAUACCGUAUGGUUCCUUAUCCAAUUUACUCUCAGAAUAUCUAUAUUUUUAUGUGUCUCAGGAUUCUUUUUCUUUAGUUUUCUUCAGUGAUACAUAUCAAAGUUACUAAAAAAUAAUUGACACCACAAACCUUUGCAUUUGACAUUUUAUGAGUUUAAGUCAGAAGAGAACCAGUUUAACUGGCGUUCGGCCUGUCACAUUUAACUCGAGCCAGUCUAUAUGGUGUUUCAUUGUUUCUCUUAAAAAGUAUUUCAGUAAUUUGUCCAAACCAACAAUUCUACAUUGUCUUCUGGUGUUUACAUUCUGUAAAAGCUUUUGGAAAUUGCAUUUUGUCACAAUUUUUCGUAGUUAUUUGAGUUUUUCAAACUGCUAAAUUUUGUUUUAAAAUAAAUUAUUUACCUGAAAAAAAUGGCUUCUUCAUCCAGUAGUAACCCUAAACAAAACUAUCUGCCUGAUAAGCUCCUUCAAACCUGGUCAUUUUAUGGGCAGAAACAAAUGGAGUGAACUAAUUAUCGAGUGGGGAUGAAUUUAACAAAGGAUACAGCCUAGUUCAGAUUGAAAAUGUUCAUUGAGGAAUGAUCGAGUGUCCAGCGCAACGCUGAAUCUUAUGAAAAGGAGGAGUUUCCCAAAGCUGGAGUUAAUUCUAACAGCAAAUGAAAGGCGAAAGCCCUUGUUAAAAAUAAGGAGAAACCCUGAGUAUUGAGUCUGGAUCUAGACAUGCUGAUUUUAAAAGUGGAAUGAAGUAAAAGCUGGCACUGCUGUCAAUUCUUUCCGUUUCUGUACCAACACCUUCUAGAAUUCCUGGAGUAAACCCAGAAGUUAUUCCAGAUGAUUCAUCAUCUCUUUUCUGUUUCAUGGUAUUGGUUACUGAGGGACAUCAUCACAGAACCAGUGUAUUCCAUCAAUUCAGUGAAUAUCCAGAAAACCUUGUGGAGUCAAAACUGUUAUGAGUACUGAAACUGGUAUCUGUUUCACUACCAGAAUUAAAUCAUUUUUAUGCCGUUAGUAUUUACUUUUUUACAUAUUUGAACUCUCAAAGGACAAGUAAAUGGUGUCCAAAUAUUUUCAGCUUGAUUUUUUUUUAACACACCCAGUUAAGUGAGUAUCGGUUGCAUGUGUUGUCACAGAUGCCAGAGACAAGAAAACUGUCUCUUCUAAAAUCGAAAUUAUGCAGCACCUCUAGAUGUUCAAGUCAGAGCCUUAUUCAAUUGUGGUGGCUGUCCAAACAAACUACAUCUACUUCAUAAUACCUUCUUUGGACAGUAUCAUUCAGUGAAUUAGUUUUUAUUGAACUUCAUAUUCUUUCAGUUUCACAAAAUAUUAAUCACAUGAACUUUUUCUUAAUUUGACCUACCAGUACACAACUAAAAAUGUUAAAUAGGCAUAAUCAUUACUUUUUAUCUGAAUUUUAUACAUAUAUAUAUAUUUAUCAGGCAUAACUAGUAUAUACUAAAAAUAAACUUAUUAAUUUAGUGGUUUAUGAUUUGUGCAUUUUAAAAUUAUAAUUUUUAUCUUCAAAUUUAAAAAAUAAUAACAUUUUAACAAUUUGUUCAUAUAAUUAACUCAUCCAAUCUCAGUAAGGGCAUAAAAAUUAAAAGUCUAAAAUAAGCCCAUAGAUACGAAACGCCUUGCUAAAGUAUUGAGAAAAAAAAUAUUUCUGUAUCACAAUGUAAUUGUACCCCCAGAAAACCGACAAUUUUCGAGAUUUGUUCUGUCUAUUUCAAAUUGCUACAAAAAUUAUUUUUUUUAAACUUGUUAAUAAAAAGUUUUUCUCCGUUCUGAUUUAAUGUUUGCCAAUCCUGUAAAACUAAUAAUAAUUUCCCCUAUCGUCCAUUCAGUUCGGAGCAAUUAGGUAUAUUAAUAGUGUAAUAGCAUAAAAAAUGGAAAAAGUAUGACAUAUUGCCUACGAUCACUUCAAAUCUAAUUAUCCUGCCUAGAAAUGAAUGCGUCAGAAUGUGGAUUUCUUUGAACUAAGAACAAAUAAGAGUUAAAUUUGGCUCAGGUCUUUUAUUCAUGUUUGACUUAACAGUUAUGGACUUUAUUUUACAUCAGAGUUUAUGCCAUCCAUGCGAGAACUUAGUGGAGCCUGCCACGGCGAUAACAAUGAAAGUCACGCCAUGGAUGGCAUGUCACGCAGAACUGAUGGUAAACUGGUUGGUGACCUUAGCGAUAUCAGCUUCCUUGACCCAGUGAACCCAAAUCUAGUGGCCAUGUCGAAUCAGCUGGAAAACAUGAGAAUUGGACAAACAAACGUCCUACCUGGCACUCUCUCACAGCCCAUGUCUGUCGAAGAGAAGGUGGGUGGAGGAUUUAUGGUAAUGCUUGACAAAUGAAUACAGUUUUACUAGCCAGAUUUUUUAAACCUCUGACAGAUUAUCAAUGAAAAAUCUUGGCUAAAAAAUCUUCUUUUUUUUUUUAACCUGUCAAUUUUUUUUUUUUAACAUAUUUGAAAACUACAUGAAGAAAAGUAGGUUUUUACUUCAAUACUAUGCCACAAUUUUCAUUUAACAAAGUGCAGCCAUGUUUCAGAAAUAAUUCUCCAUUUUUCAUCAUUAAUAAUAAAUACAAAAUUUUGAUGCUCUUUUGUUAUUCACUCAUCUUUUAUAAUAGUUCAUUUUAUUCUUGUAUUAGAUGAAACUAUCAGCUCUUGCAGAGAAACCUGGAUACCUUUCAUUGAUGCUAGAUAAAUCCAGGCAAGCUUUGGAAGCAUCAAGAGGUGGUCAAGGUCGACCUAUCGUUAAAGGUACUAUAACAUCAUUAAUUUUUUUUUUUUAUAAAAGACCAUUAGCCUGUCUAUUUGUAUUAACACCUGAUUUCUACUUGUAGAUUUCGAAUGUGAACACUCCCUAAGAAUUUGUUACUUUGUCAAUGACUUCUGCUCCUCUGCUCUAACCUUAAACUUAUUGUCCAGCAGCAUCCCAAGAAUUGUCCCCUGAAGAAAGGUCAAUGCUCCAGCAGCAGCAGCACUUUCAGGCGGUACAGCAGCAGAUGAUGAUGCAACAGCCUCCACCCAUAGCCCCCAAUCAGGGAGGCAGGCCUGUAACUGGUGGAGGUACAAAGUCACAGCAGCCAAACUUUGCAACUUCACUGACUAUACAAACGUCUGUGGCCCCACCCUCCCCUAUGCAACAGACCAACAACAAGGUUGGUUCUGGUAGGGCAAUUGUAGGCGGGAGUUCAAAUCAGCAGCAGAUGUCCAGCGGUCCGUCUGUGAAUAAUGCUCAAAACAUGGCCUAUAUAAACAUGUUGGAACAACAGCAGCUGCAACAAUUUCAGAGGCGUCAACAGCAAAUGGUAGGUUGUUUUCGCCACUUGAUACUUAAGUGAUUUGAGGGUAUCAAUUUAUUUUUUUUUAAUUUUUAAAGGGACUUCUCAGAUAUUUGUGUAUUAAUUUAACAAAUUUCUUUAUUUCGCUAGUCCCAUGGAAUGUCCCACCCACCACCAGCAAUGGGCCUUCCUAUCAACCACAUGGGCCCCCCGCCAGUAAACUUACCAGUGUCGGGCAGAUACCCUCCAACUCAAAUUCAUUCAGCAGCUGCUAAUCCUGCUCUUAUUACUCAACAGUUUGCUAGAGGUAGGGAACAUGUUUUUUUAAGUUGUCAUUAAAUAACUAUAACAUAAUUGUAACUCUAAAUGAGUUAAAGAAUUUUUCUUUUGUUUUUUACCUGAUCAUUUAAGAUCAAGAGGUUUCCUCAUAUCCUAAAACAGUUUAAGCACUGGAAAGUAAAUUGUCACAUGAUCUACUUAUAUGUUACCCUACUUUGUGUCCCCAUGAAACCCUGUUACAAUCUCCUGUACGAUUUGGAAAAAGCUGGCUUAAGCAUUUAGAGUUACAAUGACAAUACACAGACUGAUAUAGGCAGAAAAGUUUUAGCCUGAGAUAUUUUUUACUCUGUUUUACCUUUCUCUUGGAGAAAUAAAGAUUUUAAAUUUGGAACAUUUAAAGACGUAACAUUUCCAGAUAAUGCUUUAAAUAAAGGCUGUUAUUAAAUUACUCCUUCAAAAGCCCAGCAGCGUAUUCAUGCCAUGGCCAUAGAGCAGGCUCGACAACACCACGCCAUGACUCCACUACACAACUUGGUGCCUGGGCCACUCAGCCCCCACAGCCAGGCAGGCCCCUUGUCUCCAGCUGCUCUCAGUGCAACCAUCCAGAGAGUUGCUUCCCCUCAUGGCAUAAAGAUGAGUGAGUAUAGCUAUACAAGUUUUACCAGUGUUACGUGUUUCUUUUAAACACUUCAAGACUUGGUUGAGGCAAAUCUCAUUUUGUUUAUUUUGUUGCUCGUUGAAAUUAAAUUCCUCUUCCCAUAAAACUGAUAAAAGCAUUGAGAAGUAAACAAGCUUUGAAAUGUUCAUGCCCUUUUCUUUCUAAUGCUCAUGACACUAGUUUAAAUUAAUAUAUACAAAUUAAGUUUAUCAUAUGUUGGUUAACAAAAUUGACAAUAUAUUAAAAAAAAAAUUCUAUUGUUGUAUUACAUCUGCUUGAGUAUCACAGAUAUUAGCUGAAACGGGAAAAUAAUGUUCAUCACAUUUUAAUAGCUUAAUAGUUGGGGGAGAAAUUUGUAAAGCUUCUGUUUUUAUAGUAACUAAAAAAUACAUCUUAAAAGUCAGUUGAUAUUUUUAUAUAUGUAUGACUUGCUUAGAAAACAGGACACCAAUUUCCCUUUUAGAUGGACCUCUUCAACCUAACAACAGCAUGAAUGGAGGUGGUGGAAUAGGAGACAUUGGUGGAAUCCAGCGCUGGUUCAGCUCUGACAUCCUCAAGAAUCAGCUGCCAAGCAUGCCACCAUUGCCAACUCAGGGUAGCCAAGUGAUGACUGUGGAUGAACUGGAGAGAAAUUAAACUAUUUUGAUGUCACUGUCGGAAACAGAAGUGAUGAAACAUUCACAUAUAAUUAUGUCUAUAAUGCUUGAAUAUAUGUGCAUGUUUAUAUGUAGGCUUUAUUAAAAAGUAAAAUUGAUUUUAAAGCUUCUGCAAUUUAAAGAUACUAUAUAAAUUAAGAAGCAUCCAAAAUCUUCCUAAACAACAAAAUAUUCUAUCCCAGUAAUUUUAAAUUCUACUGAUUAAUCUAAAGACUAAGAUAUAAGUAAUCAUCAUAUUCUUGUUGCACUGCUAUCAAUUAUCUGGAGAAAAUUCUAGACUUUUCCUUACUUCUCUGGUAUGGACAGGCCAGGCACAAAACUGUCAAGUGCUUAGCACUGCUGAAAACAGAAGUGAAUUGGCAUUAAUUGUUUUGUAAAUAAUUGUAUUCAGGUGGCGUCGGUUGGCUUUUGUUUUCCUUGUUGGCGCCUGUUGUUGAUGGUUGAAACUUGUUGACAUUCUUUUGUUGUUUUUUUUGUUUUCACUUUUGUUUGAAGUUUCAUUAAUUAAGAGAAGCUUUAAAAUUAUUGAAACUUCUCUUUCUUUAUCUGAUUUAAUUUUAUACACCAUGUUUGAAAUAGUUAUGCGAAAGUUUUUGAUUGUGUAGAUGUCUGAAUCUAAUCUAUUGCCCUUCUGCUUAAUAUACAGCAGCCUUUAUUUAUUUAAUAGCAUUAUGAAAGACCAUUCUUAAAUGGUGUAUAUUUGGGGUCUGAGCACACCCCCCACAAAGUGCUUAUCAGAGGGG